ACUUGUGUCUAUCGGCAUUCAGUUCUCAACUUAAAGUCCACAAUAUGGAAUUCAGAUCAAGUUUCCUGCUGAUGAGCCUGGCCUGUGCCUGUCUCUGUGCCGUCGCCAUUGCCUAUCCCGAUCCUAGGGACUAUCCACUGGCAGAUGAACCGCAGCAUUUGGUCUAUGUGGAACCGUCGGAGCUCUAUCCCGAUUCCAUUGAUGUGGAUGUGGAUCAUCCGCGAGUGCGUCGCCAAUUCCAACUUCAGGGUGGUGGCGGAGGCGGCCCUCGCCAGGGCUUCGACCUCAGCCUGAGCGGUCGUGCACCCGUGUGGCAGAGCCAGAAUGGACGCCACUCCUUCGAUGCCACGGGCCAGUAUGGCCAACAUUUUGGCGGACCCUACGGCAACAGUCGUCCCCAGUUCGGAGCCGGAGGACAGUACACCUUUAAAUUCUAGGCAAUCUGAAUGCUACAGCAUUUAUUUUU